CUUCAAUUGAGUGAGGAGUGGGAGGAAGCCGGGCUUGUGGGCUGGUCUGACUUUCCCCGGGACCUUCUCUUGGAGGACCAAUGUGUUUUAGUCUCACAAAAUAGUAAAUGUGUCCUUAGAAAGGAAAGAAAAAGCGAGUGACCCGGAACGUCGAGGAACAAGAGUGUAGGAUGGACGAGAGCGCGGUCAACGGGUUUAAAACUACUGGCUCUCAGUGGCUGCUGCCGGUCAGCGAACAUUUGGGAUUUCCUCUGGACCAGGUGAACUUUCUGGCAUGUCAGCUGUUUGCUCUGGCGGCCGCCUUCUGGUUCCGUCUGUACCUGAGUCCUCGCCAUAGCAAUCCCCUGGUGAGGCAUGCCGUGGCCACCCUACUUGGCAUGGCCUUCCUCAUCUUCUGCUUUGGAUGGUAUUCCGCCCUCAUCGUGAUUGUGGUGCUAGGAAACUACGUCAUCAUAAUCCAGGAUGACGUAAGCAAUGUACACAGGAAUUCCAUGGUGAUCGCAAUGGGAUACCUGACCAUGUGCCAAGUGAGCAGAGUGUUCAUCUUUAACUACGGAAUCCUGUCCACUGACUUCUCCGGCCCGCUGAUGAUUGUGACCCAGAAGAUGACCACACUAGCCUUCCAGCUCCACGACGGUAUGUGUAAGAAAGCCGAACAACUCACCGCAGAACAGAAGCGACGAUCCAUAAAUGUGAGGCCUUCGCUGGUUGAAUAUCUGAGUUACAACCUCAACUUCCUGAGCGUGUUGGUGGGCCCGUGUAGUAACUACGACGACUACAUCCACUUCAUCCACGGACGCCACAUCAGCAGCAGGCUCGGGCAACAUGGCCCCCGUAACGGCUACCAUCGAGUUCCAGACCCGUCCCCUCUGAAGGCGAUCUGUCAAAAGCUGCUGGUGUGCUGCGGCUGCAUGCUCUUCUUCCUCAUCGUCACGCCGUCCUUGCCCAUAACGCACAACGUGCACCCCGACUUUGUCCGCCACGCCCCCUUCCUCACCCGGCUCACCUACGCUUUCUUUUCCGUUCAAGCCGCCAGGCCCAAGUUCUACUUUGCCUGGACGCUAGCCGACGCCGUCCACAACGCCGCCGGUUACGGUUUCUUGGGGGUGGAUGAAAAUGGGAAGUAUUCCUGGAACCUCAUCAGUAACCUGAACAUCGUGGGGAUCGAGACGGCCACCAGCUUCAAGACGUUCGUAGACAACUGGAACAUCCAGACCAGCAACUGGCUCAAAACGGUCUGCUACGAGCGAGCGCCGCGGCAGCGGUUGGCCUUGACCUUUGUCUUGUCCGCCCUGUGGCACGGCGUUUACCCCGGGUACUACUUCACCUUCAUCACCGCCAUCCCCGUCACGCUGGCCGCACGAGCUGCACGCAGGUCUCUCCGCCGCUACUUCCUGGGAUCUGGAGCGUCAAAGCUGGGUUACGACGUUUUGACCUGGGCCGCCACCCAGCUAGCCGUCUGCUACACCGUCACGCCUUUUCUACUCUUGGCCGCAGAACCCAGCAUGACCUUCUACAGGUCCAUGUACUUUCACGUGCACGUCAUCAGCUUGGUGGCCGUUAUUGUCCUGCGUCCCAAACGCAAAAGCAAAGCUGGAAAAACCACAGACUCCCAGUCAGCGUCACGCCCCCCCCGGUGUCUUCCUCUUCACUGUAACAACAAUGAAGAAAGAAACUGAGGUCUCCUGCACGACGCCCAGACCAAGGAACGGUCCCUACAAGGCUUCCAGCCAGUGUUCAGGCUGUGCUGGCAAGCGGGAGAUGAAUUGGACCACUGAGAAAAGACAACAGCAGCUGAGACGAGGCGGCCAGGCCACGCAUACGCACCAAUAGCAUGCCAACACCUCAACCAGUGUACGCAUGCUAUUGCCACAGCAGGAAGUGGAGCACCGGAGCCACUUGAGGCUACACAGGCAAUCCUUUUAGUAGAAUUCCUAUUCAAUUGAAGGGAGCACGCGGGUUCCAUCUAGUCGCCCUUUUGAUGAAAAGGCCAAGGACACGAUGCCUUUGGAGAUGGGGACUGACUUGCUAUAUGACACGCAUUAGCUUGGACGGCUGGGAUGAGUCAAGUCAGUCAAUGUGUCAGAACAUCGAGUGAAAAUCUCAGCUAAUCUGAUCUAAUCCAUCCAUCCAUCCAUCCAUCCAUCCAUCCAUCCAUCUACUUCCUAUCCAGUGUGCCAACCUCUACAGUGCACCUCACAACACGUCAGUUGAGCUCGUAUUAAAGGCUUAAUGAUGGCUUUUUCUUUGGCUUUGGUGACACUGACUCCAAACAAGGACCAGAGUGUUAAAUAGGGACGCCCCAAUUCCCAUCACAUGGGUUAGCUGUACAUGUUUAAUGUUUAUGAGGAGUGCUAUCAUAGACAAUGUCCAUUGGAGGACAAGCCAUAUUUAGUUUCAUGACAGUCCGUACGUACCC